UCUAUCGACGCAUGCGCAGUUGCGAGUCCGUUUAGGGCACUCAUUCACUGAGUUCGACUCUCCAUCGUGAAGCGCUCGGUGCUCGAUAUGUCUGACUGCGACUCUGAGGACUACUCUUCCUCUGAAGAUGAGGAUUAUGUGCCCUCUGGAGGCGAAUACAGCGAAGAUGAUGUCAACGAACUAGUAAAAGAGGAUGAUGAGGAAGAAGAUGACGAUAGGAGUAAAAAGUUAGAAGACGACAAAUCUAAAAAGAAAAAAAGCAACUGUAUCUCGGCAAGGAAACGGAAGAAAGGAGUAUUAGUCUUAAACACGGAGGAAAAAACUGAGGAGGAAAAAGAAGCUGCACACUGUUCUGAAGAAGAUGAGGCACCUGCAUUUGACGAGGAAAAGAAGCUGAAAAAAGAGGAGCUCAAAAAGAAAAAGGAAGAUGAUCUUUGGUCAAGCUUCCUUUCAGAUGUUGGUCAAAAAGCCAAGACUCCCCCGUCCCCUAGGCCUGUCACAAUUCCUAACCAGGUUGAGGCAGAGAGACCCAAGGAACCUCACAAGUCUUCUGCUCAGGGCAGAGAAACAAGCAAGUCCAAAGAAGAUGCAAAAGUCACAAUCACCAAAGUAUUUGAUUUUGCAGGUGAAGAAGUAAGAGUGACAAAGGAAGUUGAUUCCUCAUCCAAAGAGGCCAAGGCUUUUAUCAAAGAGCAAGAGAAAGGUUCACAUGAGCAAAGUCCAGCACCUACUAAAACCAGUGUGCCAACCAGCUCUGGUGUGAAGAGACCAAUUGGCAUGGGUAGUAUUUUGGGGAAACUUGGCUCCAAGAAACAAAAGAUGAGCACCCUGGAGAAAUCCAAGCUGGACUGGGAUACAUUCAAAGAGCAAGAGGGGAUUGGAGAUGAGUUGGCCAUCCAUAACAGGGGCAAGGAUGGUUAUAUCGAAAGAAAAGCUUUCUUGGAAAGAGUUGAUUACAGACAGUUUGAACUGGAGCGAGAGAUCAGACUUAAAAACAUGAAACAAUAGCUUUUGGUUUGUAAGACUCAAACUUCACGGUUAUUAAAAUUUUCUUUGUUUAAAUGCACUGACCACUACCUCCCAACUGGAAAGCGGCAUUUAUACAGACAACUGCAAGUUAAUGGUUAUGAGACGUCAUGAAGCAGAGCUUAAAGACAUACUUGGACUUUAAGAUGAACAUUUUAACUUGUAUCCAUUAAAUUUCUUUUUUUUUUAUGAUUUACUUCUGAUUACAAAAAUAAGGUUUGGUUAGGAAUUUAUUAUAUACUGGUAUGAAAAGGGGUAAUGCAAAAAAAAAUGUGUGUACAUGUUAUCUUUUAAUAUAACAGUUUAUUUAAAAAGUGUAAUUCUUGUAUGUAUGUGCAAAAAAGAGAACUGAAAAUAAAUUCUCAACCACA